AUGGCGACGAAAGAUGGAAAGAAAGGCUCAGCACAAAGUCCAAAUGCUGAAAACAGUCUUUCUGUGGCAUAUCUCGUUGCAUAUAAUGUUCUUCAAAUGAUAGGAUGGACUCUCUUGAUGUUUAAGCUGGUUUAUCACAUGGUCACAGAACGUACAGUGGUGGGAUUGUAUGAUGAAGUUGCUAUCUUCCUAAAUAUAUUUCAAACUGCUGCAGUUUUGGAGAUUCUCCAUUGUGCCCUGGGGUUGGUGAGAUCCAGUGUCCUGUUGACGGCUUUUCAAGUGUUCUCCAGGGUUUUCCUCACAUGGGCAGUUACAUACAGUGUGCCUUCUGUUCAGAAUUACUAUGGGGUACUUCUGUUUGUUACGGCAUGGACAAUCACUGAAAUCAUUAGAUAUUCCUUCUACUUUUUCUCUCUGCUGGGAGGCGUUCCAUAUUUUAUCGUGUGGUGUCGGUACACAUUUUUCAUUGUUUUGUAUCCAAUAGGAGUAACAGGAGAACUAAUCACCACAUUCAGUAGUCUAAGAGAAGUAGAGGAGAAGAAACUGUAUUAUGUACAGUUACCUAAUGCAGCCAACAUGUCAUUUAAUUACUUCUACUUCCUUGUAUUCUUCAUGAUUAUGUAUAUUCCAA